AUGAUACCAAUUCUCUAUCUCAUUCUCUCAAUUCUCCUCCCACCCCUCCUCUUCCUAACAUGGUACCUCCACCCCCCAAGCAACCUCCCCACUCUCCCCAAAAUCCCAAUCUACGUCUCAGUCCUUGGCCUCUGGUCCUCAAUGGGCCAAGAUGAAAUCUACGAACGGUGGUUCCGCACACCCCUCGAGAAACACGGCGCAGUGCUGGUCUGGUUCGCAGGACGCUGGAGCAUCCUCGUCUCCCGGCCAGAUUGGUUGACGGAUAUGUUCCGGAAUGAUCAGCUCUAUGCAAAAGCAGGCAGUCAGAAGAAGAUCCCGCAUUCGGUUAUCGCUAUGCUUGUUGGUGACAAUAUUAUCAAUGCACAUGAGAAUUGGAGGCUUUUUACGUCGAUUAUGAAACCGGGGUUGCAGAAGAAGGUUUUUGAAACUUCUGCGUUGCUUAAGCAGUCGAGGAGGUUGGUUGAUAUUCUUAUUGGGUUGCAGAGGGAUGUUGGGGAGGGCCAGGGAAUACUGGUUAAUGCAGAGGUGCAGAAGUGGGCAGUUGAUGUGAUGGGGGAGAAUUUCCUGGAUCUGGAGUUCAAGAGCCUUGGCCAACCAACGGGCAAGGUCCGCAUCGAAGCCCUCCAAUCAAUAAUCAAAGCAACGCUCUUCAAACCAAUGUACUUCAGCUUCCCAGACCUGGACCACUUCCCAUGGCUCCUCCGCUCACGCAAACGCGCCUACGAAAUAAUGCGUGAAUUCGACAACCGGCUCUACGAAACAGUCAUGGACAUGCUCGAAACCCGCAACACAAGCAAAUCCAAAUCCGAGGAAAUGCUCUCACACAUGCUAGGCGAAGCCUACAAAUGCGGCCGCAUAACAGAGAAACAGUUCCGCAAUAAUCUCAAGAUUACAUUCCUAACCGCCCACGAGAAUACACAACAACUCGUCAACAGCAUGUUCUGGCAAUUGGGCGUGCGAGUCGAUAUCCAGGAACGUCUUCGCGAGGAGAUACUAUCUACAGCGAAGAUACACCCCGGUCCAGCGCAGGAAGUCAUCAAUCAACUGCCAUACCUAACAGCCGUCGUCCUUGAAUUACUCCGUCUCUUCCCGCCUGUCUGCCAACUCAUUAAUCGAGUGGCUUUGUCGAAUGCCCUGCUUGGUGGGGACUUACCCAUCCCCAAGGGAACGUUUGUGGGAUGGAAUGCGUGGGCUGUACAUAGUGACCCGGCCGUAUGGGGGGAUGAUGCGCGCGCGUUCAACCCAGAGCGGUGGGGGACGACGGUGGAGGAGAUGCAGGCGCGGUUUCGGAGGGAGACGGUGCGUGGGACUUAUAUCCCGUUUAAUGCGCAUAGGCGGAAGUGUCUUGGGCAGGGGUUUGCGUUGCUGCAGAUUAAAAUCUUUUUGUUUGUUUUGUUAGGGAAGGUGAAGUGGGUGGUUGAUCCUCAGUAUCGGUUGAAGAUGACGCCGGGUGGGAUUCUGGCUCCGCUGGGUGGUCGAGUGAUCCUGACUGAGUUGGAGGCUUUGUCUUGA